AUGUACAGCAUUGGCUCCUUGUUUUACGCAAUCUACUUCUUUGUGUCGUUCCCCAUGUUCAUGCGGAUCGACGAGGACCCAGCGCAGAAACGCUGGACGCUGUCGCAGGUUGCCUUUGACGCUCUCGCGGCCGGCAUGCUGGUCACUAUCAUCCUUGACACCUGGCGCAUCACGUUCGGCGGCAUCGUGGACAGCGACAAAGCGGCGGCGGGCCUGACCUGGGCGGCGUGA